AUGGCGGCGUACGUCGCGGAAAACGCCGCGGGCGCGGUGGUGCACGCGAGCGACGACGCGACGCCGUGGAUCGACGUCGAUCAGCGCCGCAUCGACGCCUUCGCGACGUGCGCGAACGAUCAUCAAUACAUACACGCGCGCGACGCCCCGGGCGGGGCGAUCGCGCACGGAUUCUUGACGCUGAGCCUGCUGACGCCCGCGACGGCGGCGCGCACGACGCCCGCGUGGUCGACGCGCGCCGUCAAUUACGGCCUCAAUCGCGUCCGUUUCGUCCGACCCGUGCGCGCGGGCGCGCGCGUCCGCGCGCGGGCGAUCAAAAUCGUCGCCGCGCGCGCGUUACCCGACGCCGCGGGCGCGGAAACGGAGUAUUUAGUCGAAUUAGAAACCGCGCCGAGCGCGUCGUCGGCGUCCGCCGAGCGCGCCGAGCUCGCCUUGGUCGCGUCUUGGAUCGUCCGUCACUACGUCUGA